AUGUGGAACAGAUUCGGAUCGGUGAGCCGCGUCCUGGAACUUCACGACCAUUUCUUCAAGCCAUUCGAGUUGUACAGACCGGGUUCCUAUGACGGGUUCCUCCGGGGCCUUGCCAACCAACCUUGCCAGCAGUAUGACCAGUUCUUCACCGAAUCCGUCGUGGGCCGGCUUUUCCAAGCAGGCAGAAUGCCCUUCGGAAUGGACCUGGUAGCCCUGAAUUUGCAAAGAGGCCGGGAUCACGGAAUCCCCUCGUACAACGAAUACCGCGCGGAAUGCGGUCUGCGGAAAGCCAAGGAUUUCGACGACCUCGCUGAUUUCAUUUCUUUUGAAGCCAUAGCGAACCUCAAGACGUUGUAUGAGUCAGUGGAUGACAUUGAUCUGUUCAUCGGGGGAAUUGUGGAGCGGCCGCUUUUCGAAGGUGGAGGAACUGUUGGACCCACGUUCACUUGUAUUUUGGGUGACCAAUUUGCGAGACUGAAACGAGGAGACAGGUUUUAUUACGAAGAAGGGAACCAAGCAGGUUCAUUCACACCAGAGCAAUUGAGCUCCAUCAGAAGCGUGAGUUUGGCAAGAAUCAUCUGCGAUAACGGAGAUGAUAUUCAAGCCCUUCAGCCCCUGGUUUUCUUCCAACCAUCCAACAUGUGA